AUGAAGACUACAGCAGUUUUUGUAUUUCUUUCCUGUCUGCUUGCAACGGAAGUACAAGGUGAUACCAUCUUUUUGCUAAUAAAGUUUUCCAAAGGCAGGUGCUUCUGUGCUGACAAAGGAGUGAAUGUGAUUUUACUGAAGAACAUUGAGAAGGUUGAAAUCAUUCCUCCAAGUCCAUCUUGUGGGAAACAGGAGAUUAUUGUCAAUCUGAAGAGCACAGAGCGGAAAUGCUUGAAUCCGGAAUCUAAAUUCACACAGAAUUUAAUCAAGAGGGCUCUUGAAAAGAUGGCCCGGCAGUAGAUGCUUAGUGCGAGACUGGAUUAGCUGCUGUGUUAUAAUGCCAGUGAAGAACAUCCUCAGAUGCUGUAUGACCUCUAGCUGACAGUUUGCAUACAUUGCAUGAGUUUGCCUAGAA